AUGGCCGCUGUUACGCCCUCUCCAGAUGUUAGUCCCGUGUCAGCAGCAACGACCAAUGGACAGUUCCCGCGAGACUCCUUCUGCCUUAAUCUUUCCACUCUGCCGGACGCGAGCAAUUUUGUCUUGAAGUCGACGCUCAAGUCUCCCCAUCUCCUAGAGUCUCCGAAUGGCUUUUACACUGGCACCGGAGCGCUGAACGGAAAUUUCAAGAAACGACCCCGCAAUAUGUCCCAAUCUUCGGGUACAGAUCGUGAGAUGUCCACAGACACUACACAAGCUCAAACCAAUGGUGCCGCGCCCACCAGCAACGGUGAGCCGCGCCCAAACACCAAGAAGCGCCCCAGUACCGACACAAUAGACUAUCCGCGUCGGCGCGCAACCAUUGCGUGUGAAAUCUGUCGGUCUAGGAAGUCUCGGUGCGAUGGGUCAAGACCCAAGUGCCGUUUAUGUACGGAGCUCAACGCAGAGUGCAUCUAUCGAGAACCUGGAAUCAAGCUGGACGCUGGCGACAAGCUUAUUCUCGAGCAUCUGAGCCGUAUUGAGGGUCUGCUGCAGUCCAAUCUUGCGAAUGGACUCGGCCUUUCAACACACUCGCCCGCUGCGAGUAACUCUACGAGUGAGGAGCUUUUAGCUCGUAGCACCGGCAACAUGGCUGCUUUAGGGUUAAUUCCCGCUAUGAAUGGCCUUGGGACUUGGAACAACUCAUCCUCGAACAUAUCCACCAUGCCGAAGACUCACACGACUCCAGCGCUGCAUCUGCUUAAGAUGCCCAUGAUUCGCGAGCUUGUUUCCCGACCAUACGACCCGCAAGUUUUACUCCAGCUCGAGAUGAACCGAGAGCCUCUGUCCCUCGGUACAUCGCUAGGUUUGGAUUUGUCCAAUACGGGUGCAUACGUACAAGCUUUUUUCGAGCGGGUCAAUGUCUGGUACGCGUGUGUAAAUCCAUAUACUUGGACAAGUUACUAUCAGACAGCCCUUUCUCAUGGUUUCCGCGAAGGUCCCGAAAGCUGUAUCGUCCUUCUAGUGCUUGCCCUUGGCCAUGCUGGGAGCGAAGGCAGCAUUUCUCAGCAACCUCCCGAUAAAGACCCUCCUGGAUUGGCAUACUUCUCUGCAGCUUGGGCGCUUCUACCCAGUUUGGUGACAAGAAACAGUCUGCUUUCUGCGCAAUGUCAAAUACUAGCUGCUGCCUAUCUAUUCUACUUGGUUCGGCCUUUGGAAGCUUGGAAUGUCAUGACGAGCGCCAGCAUGAAGUUGCAACUGCUCUUGGGCGCACCCGGGAGACUCCCGCCUCAUGAAAAGGAACUUAGCGAAAGAGUGUACUGGAACACUUUGAUGUUUGAAAGUGAUCUCCUAGCAGAGUUAGACCUGCCUCAUUCCGGAAUUGCCCCUCUUGAGGAAACGGUUGGUUUACCCGGCGGCUUCGAAGAUGUCGGAGCUGAAGCUCUCGGAAGAGACGAAUUAUGGUACUUCCUGGCUGAAAUCGCUCUUCGAAGACUCCUGAACCGAGUGAGCCAUUUGAUAUACGCCAAAACAAAUCCGAUUACGUCGAUCGCUCAGUUGGAUCCCCUGGUCGCCGAGCUGGACUACCAGUUGACUCAGUGGUAUGAAGGACUCCCAAUGCCCAUCCAAUUUCCCCACGGCAGAGUCCCGCUCCAAAACACUGUUCAGACUGUGCUGAGGCUACGAUACUUCGCCUGUCGCACAAUCAUUUUCCGGCCGUAUAUUCUCCUGGUCCUUCAAGAUGAGAAUCUAGCACUCGACCCCAACGUACAGGACAAUUGUAGGAAGUGCCUCGAAGCAUGCAUCCGCCAGCUCGAACACAUCACCGCGCAUCACGCUGGUCACCUUCCGUAUCUCUGGCAAGGCGCCCUUUCUAUCGUUUCGCAAACCCUUCUUGUUAUGGGCGCAACUAUGUCCCCUUCCCUCUCUGCACUGCUUCCACCUCCCCACCAGAUGGACAUUAUCAUCGACGAUGUUGUUCUUGAAAUAGAACGCUAUGCACGACUUGCGCCAAGUCUCCAGCUCUCUGCUGAAAUCAUUCGGGAGGCAGAACAGCGGCGGCAAGAUUGGCUCCGCCGAGCUGGACUGAAAGUGUGA